AUGAGAUCCAUUAUGAAAACUGCUGCCCUCGUCGGCCUCCUCGCGGCCUCUACCAAGGCCCAUAUGAUGCUCUACUAUCCUCCUACUUUCGGUGCGGAAAACAAUCCUCAUCGUACCGAUUCUGUUGACCCAUAUCUUGACAACCCUUACAACUGUUGCGGCAGAAAGACGGUCUAUCCCUGUCGCGGAUAUCUCGAUCUCCUCGGCACGAAUCAGGGUGCCCCCGUUGCCACUUGGGAAGCCGGCUCGUCCCAGAAUUUUAGCCUCAUUGGCACAGGAACACACUGGGGAGGAUCAUGUCAAGCUGGGUUCAGCACUGACCAAGGUAAAUCUUGGAAAGUGAUAAGCAGUUACGAGGGGAACUGCCCUCACCGCAAGGGCUCGAACAACCGCCCUGAAGAACAAACCUUUGAAUUCAAGGUCCCAAGUGAUAUGCCUGCCGGUGACCAUGUCUUUGGUUGGACCUGGAUCAACCGUGAGCAGGAGUUCUUCAUGUCAUGCUCUUCUGUGACUAUCACGGCUCCUGGGAAGGGCGGUAACUCUCAAUCAUUGCCAUCCUACACUCCUCGGGGCAUGCAUACCCGUUCGACAACCUCUAACAUCAAGAGUUCCGCUAUCGCUUUCAACGAUCGUCCGGAUUUCCUUGUCGCCAAUAUAAACAACGGCUGCAAGACCACCCGAACCAAUGCAGAGGUGAAAUAUCCAAACCCAGGGCCGGAUGUUGUAAAGGGUGAUGGUGUCUACCCACUCGAGCUACCCUCACCGACAGAUAAAUGCCACGCAUAG